AAUAACUAGCAAGUACUAUUUUUAACUUUUUUCGUGGCUGUUUGCGGUGGCGCCAACCAUAAGUGUGGCUAAAUUAAUUAGCGGGUGUUACGAAUUCCAAUCCCUAUAUGGAAGUUCAUGCUUGAAAUACAAAUCCUUAGCAUCGACAACUACAAUUCACAAUAUGGCACCAAUCGUUCUGCCUACAGUAUUAAUCGCGAGCGCAUAUUUACUGUCAACUGUGUCCGCCGCUCCAAAUGUCGAUGAGCUUGUUGGAACAUGGUCUACAAAGUCCGCCGCAGUGUUGACUGGUCCUGUACGCUUUUUCCCUUGGAUUGAAGAGACGACCUUUAAGAUUAUUGAUGGACACGCACUGAUACUGAGGAUUAGGGUUUCUAUAAUCCAGUUAACGAUACUUUGCUGGAACCUACCCAUACCGGAAUGUCAUACUCUUUCACCGCAGACGGCUACUAUGAAGAGGCAUACUACAGAGCGAUCUCAAAUCGUAUGUAUUGUUUCACGACAUUGGAAUUACAUCAGAAAGUAUAAGAAGAGCAUAACUAAUGAUAUUGUAGCUGCAAAACCUAGUUGUGUGUCUUCGAUAAUGCAAUGGCAGCACGGCAAAUUCGUUCUGAACGACGAUGGCUCUCUUAGUUUGAACCCGUUCAGUGUGGAUGGUCGUCAAUUAGAAUCUGCUCCAUGUACUGCUGAUACUGCAACGUACACACGAUACAAUCAGAGCGAGAAAAUGCAGGUUUGUUUGUGCCUUUCCUUGUUAUCCUGAUUAUCAAUAUGUGGAUGAUGAAUAAAGCUGAUUGCUGACUGCCUACCUUGUAGAAAUACCAAGUCUACACGGAUCCUUAUACGAAAUUAACUCGACUUGAUCUUUACCAAUUCGAUGGAACACCCGUAAACCCGAUGUUCUUAGCCUACAGUCCUGCACUUAUGCUCCCUACCGAGACCCUCAACCCGACAACUUCAGCGAAGUCAACUUCGAGCUCCAAAAUGAAGCGAUGGUUGGGUGGAAAUGAUGAACCCGAAGAGCCUACGACCUCGGAAGGUUAUCUUCUUCCUCUCAACAAGAAUGCCAAGCAUAUCAGUCGCGGCAUUGAGCAACCUUCUCUCAUCCACCGCAUCGAUCUCGACCUUCUUUGGUGGGCUGGAGUAGGAAUGACCAUUUUUGGAGGCGCAGCGUAUCUAUUAUAAGCACUUGGAGAUUGCACGGUAGACUGAGUUUUUGAAUGUUUGUAUAUUUGAGGGAUUGAAUUACGAGGCAAGGCAUAUAUAUACCAAUGGUGUCUGUAAACCAGGCACAGGGAGUUUUUGAGGGGUUCCGUUUUCAGGGAUACAAGUGUUUCUUGGCAGGUUGUAAUGUUACAUCAGUACUCAAGCCAGGGCGUUGAAAUCUUUCCAUUGCACGGAUUAUAAUUGUUAGAAUUUCAUUUUUUUCUUCUAUU